UAUGAACAGUAUAUCAGCAAGCUUUUCCAGCAGCUGGGUUUAGAGGCUGGCAUCCCAUUUGGCGAUUCGGAGUUGAAUGAGCGCAUCAAACAAGCUGUUAACGACAUUCGGCUUGUUGGCAUGGAAAUCUAUCGGAUGAAACAGAAUGCCUAUUCGAGAAGUCCAGAGAAGAUUUCUCUUGGUCAGUUGAACAAAGGUGAAUCGGUGUUUGAUUGGAAAGGAUUGCUGUCCCACUAUUUCAACAAAGUCGACUUGUCAUUCGACGAUGGAUACUUUGUAUAUUCAACUUACGUGAAGUACCUUAAGCAAGUUCCGGAACUGAUCAAGAAACUUCAAAAAGCCUAUUCAAAACCAGUAUUCAAUAGAAUUAUGAACAACUAUAUGCUCUGGAAUACCAUGGAUGCUUAUGCGUGGCACUUAUCCUACGAAAUGGCUGCAAUUCAACAGUGGCACUACACCAACCUGGACACGGAUUUGCAAACUGACUGCCUCAUUUUCACCCACGAAUUGUUCGGCACCGUUUUAGGUGCCAUUUUUGUGGAAAAUCACCUACAUGGUGAUGCGGUUAACCAUACCAAAACGAUGCUAACCCACCUAAAGUCCAGUGCAUAUGAACAAAUCGAGAAAACCAAAUGGAUGGAUUAUGACACAAAGAAAAAGCUCGAGAGACGCAUUGAAAAUUUGGAAAUCAAAUACACCGUACCUGACAUCAUGACAAAUGAAGCCAAACUGGAUUAUGCUUAA